AUGUGUUCAACCGCUGUCUCCAGAUCGGCCUUUUACCCCAUAUCCUCUUUCAACCACCGUUCGAACGACCAGUUUUGUCACCAGGCUGCCCUGCGCCUGAGCAACCGCCCCGACUUCCGACAUCCCGUCCCGCAGACUAGUCAGAAGCGUGGCCUGCAGACACCCCCAUCCGACGACAUGACUACCACCUACCAACCUCCGAUCGUGGGCCCCUACGAUAAUCAUGUUCUCCCCUCUUACUCUUCCACUCUUCCGCAUGUGCGUGGCUCUGUGCCGUCCAUGAACGAAGUUUCUCGGCCGUCACAGUAUCCUAGAUAUGCUCAGCAGCAACCGCAGCAACAGCAAGCCCAGCUGCAGCAGCAGCAACAACAACAACAACCAUACACACAUGCUACAAAUCUGUCCCAAAACCCUGCCUCGGGUAUUUCUCAGUACUCCACCACCUCAAAACACUCUACACGAACCUCAACCCCGGCUGCUGAGGGCAGCAUGUCUUCACAGAACGGCAGCACCUCAAGGCGGGGCUCACAGGCCUUGAUCCACCACAGCCUACACGUGCCGAGCUGCAUCAACCCCAAGGGCGGCAACCUGGCUGAUUUCGCUGCGCAGAUUACAUGCCUCUUCUGGUUCGAAUCAAUGGAUACCCUGCGAGCUGCGGAAAAUCACGCCAUUCCGUACCCUGCUUUCAAGAAAUGGGCGUACGGCGUUCUAUCGACUACUCAGGUCACGCAGAGUGGCCGCUCCGGCAGCGAAUACAGGCUGCUGACGGUGGCCCUCAUGUUGGGCAACAAAUUUCUGGACGACAACACGUACACAAACAAGACGUGGGCCGAAGUCUCGGGCAUUUCCGUCCAGGAGAUUCAUGUCAUGGAGGUAGAGUUUCUGAGUAACAUGCGGUACAGCCUCCUGGCCACCAAGGACGAGUGGGAGGACUGGUUGGCCAAGCUCUCUUGCUUUUCCGAAUACUAUGAGCGUGCCCUCAAGCAGCCGACGUCUCCAAUCGCCAUGUCAUCACCGACGUCCAAGGCGCUCUUCAGUUCUCCCUUGCCAUCACCCACCCGGGCUACCCAGGCCACGUCGGCGGUCCCUGCUCUCCCCGCCUCGGCUACCCCUGUCUACCACGGCAACGUCAACGCCUCGAAUGGCCAAGCGUGGCCUACUAGCUACCAGAAUCCCGUCAUGUCGCCGCUGACUGCGAAAUCCCACGUCAACAUGAUGUCUAAGAAGAGGGCACACGAGGAGGACCCGACAGAGCCGCCUGCGAAGCGCAUGAAUGUGCAACCGAAUGCGAUGCCCCCUGCACGACCCCCCGUCGUGGGUGAGCAACCGAUACGGCUGCCAGUGCCGAAUCUGUCCCUCAACACCAACACACCAACUCCGGGCUCCGUGCAAUACAUGACGCCGACUGCCUACGCGCCCCCUUCCCACGUCUCGCUCCCACCACUAGUCCCUGGUGUACGCGCCAUGUCGAGCGUCUAUCCCGCAAACGGGCCGGUGCCACAAGCGCAGCUGCCGCUUCCUUCGACGACUGGGUCUGUCAUGCCACAGGCUACUCUGACGCCGACAAUUGGCAUGCCAGUGCACCCAAGCAUGAGCUAUGGAACCCCGAGCCGGCGCCACAGCCCCGGCACUCUGGCGGCGUUUGGAUCGUCGCCUCUGGGCGACGUGUACGGAUCUGUCUCGGCAGUGCACACGCCCAUAUCACACACACCCAUCUCUCACUCGCCUAGCGUCUAUCUCCAACAGAGGCCCAGCCCGUACAAGCCGGUACGCCACGUCAACACACUGCUGUACCCACCUCCGUCCGCCUCUCUCCACGAGUACCACAUGUCAGCGGCAGCGGCGCCACAGAUGCACUAUCAGCCUCUUGGUCGCCGCAACGACCUGCGAACCGGCGUGGUUCCAGAGUACAUGACACUGGGAUAUCGCAGUGCACAGCCUGUGCAGCAGAUGAUGCCGCACGGCCAACAGGGUCACCAUCUCAACUAG